GCCAGCCGAGGCUCCUAGUGCGUCCGCCGUGAGGGAAGGCAGGCGCGAGCGAGCGAGCAACUUGCUGCAACCCUCGCGGGGGGCCGCGGCCGUGGGGGGCGCUUUACGAAACCCGGAGCCAGAAGAGCGAAGCGGAAUGCUGCACGACGACACCGAGGGGCCAGCUCGCCCACUGGAGGGGAGCGGGUGACCUUGCGCCGCGGGAGGCAGGAGCAGUUCUGCCAGCGCCGAGAGAAGGCGGAAAGAAGCCGCCGCCGCCGCCGCCGGAGGGGCUGGACUCGGGAAAGAGGAUUUGCUCGGCUGUUUCUGUCCCGGCUUAAGCGAGCGGAGACUCGGCCAGGGAAGACCUACUGCAAUGAUCCAGAAAGUUUAAUCUACUGUUUUGGUUAUGGAGCUAAAGGUCUGGGUGGAUGGUGUCCAGCGGGUUGUAUGCGGUGUCUCCGAACAGACCACAUGCCAGGAGGUUGUCAUAGCAUUGGCACGUGCCAUUGGUCAAACAGGUCGCUAUGUUCUCAUCCAAAGACUACGUGAGAAAGAGAGGCAGCUUCUCCCACAUGAAUGCCCUGUGGAGUCCAUGGCCAAGUGCGGACAGUAUGCCAAUGAUGUGCAAUUCAUAUUGCAGCGCACAGGCCCCAGCCUCACCGAGAGACCUUCUUCAGACAGUGCUCCCCAGGUACCCGAGAGGACGUUUGUCAGGGCUAGCCUGCCCAUCAAACCCAGGCCGGUCGGCACAGAAGUGCCCAGGCCCAGGCAGCCCAAAAAAUCCUUAACCUUCAACCUGGGCCCUAUGGCUUCCAGUGACCUGCAUGCCAAGAGCAAGCUGAAGCAACACAAAAAGGACAGUGUGGGCUGGAGGGAAGGUGCUAGUGGGGGCCUGCUUUCCAAAGAGGAACUGUUCAAGACCAUACUGCACCAACAGGAGCAUCUCUACUCCCUGGAGAUGCAGGGGGAUGCCUUGGAAAUGGACCUCCGGCACUGGGAACACAACAGAGGCACCUGCCAGGAGGACGAGAUCCUGCACCUGGAGCAGCUGAUUCGGCAAAACGAGAGUGAGCUGGGUGAGGAAGGGUUUUGGCAGAGUGAACUGCGCUCAGAGAAGGAGUGCGAAAGGGAGCGCCAGGAGAAAGUCCACACCCUGCGGGCCACCAUGGAGGAGUACACGCAAAAAAUACAUGAGCUUAUGGUGAAAACGGAGGCCUUGGAGAGAGAAAUUCAGUGGGAGAUUUCCGAGAGGGCCAAGAGGGCAAAGGAAGCCCCGAGGCAGAGCCCUGCUGAACUAGAAGAAAUGGCAGCUAAAAUGAAAAGGGACCUGGAAGCCAAGGCCAGGCAGAGUGCUCAUCUGGAGAGCAGCCUGGAAACUGUGGGGAAGGCCUUGGAGGAAGCAGAGCAAAGCCUUCAGAUCUACUUGAGCCCAGCACAGAUUCACCUCCCCGAGCCACAGCCAAGCAGUUCCUCGGCAAUCCACGAAACCUUCAGAACCCCCUGGUGUCCAGCUUGAACCCUGAGGGUGUGUAUGUUUGAACUGCCCUAAGCCUCUUGUGUGCUGAAAACCUGGUCUUGUCAAGCAGUCCUCCAGACGUCCUAAUCUUGCUAUAGUGGGGGGCAGCUUUCAUCUCCAAGGAGGUGGCUGUUUCUACAAACUCUUCUUCUACUCCUCAGUUUUUCUCUCCUGCCUUCUGUGCUCCUCCUCCUCCUCUCUCCCUGCUCCCUGAAUCAGCAGCUAGUGGCUCAGUUGUUUUGCAGGGGGUACCCAUAAACUGUAGCAUGUUGGGGCCAGCAGUAACCAAAGAGAAGGGAAGAGAAGCUGAGGGUGGGAGUAAGCAGAGAAUAACAGGAAGUUAUGCCUGCUGUAUGAAAUGAUAGGCUUGGGCCAAGACUCUGUAUGCUCCACUGUGCAGUGGGUGAGAGAUCAAUAGACACUCACCAGUAACAGUCUAAUCGCUUGCAGGAUGGCAUUUUGUCUCGGAGCAGUUGCUUUAGCUACACAGUGCAGUAUUGCUUACUCAGCUGUUUGCUAGUUCAAGCCUAUUUAAAACUUGACUAGCAAAGACAAAGCCCUGCAUAUGCAAUUCGCUUGUCCUUCACCCAAGGUCAUUCUGCCAAAUUCCUUUAAUGUCUCAUAUUUUAGUUAGCAGCUUAGAUUCCUAAAGAGUUGAUGGCAAGGGGAUCUUUUCUCUUUUAUAAACUCUUACAGAAUGUGUGGCUGGCUAUCCCUGAUGAAUUAAUUGCAGCCCUUUCUUCAUCCACCAUUGUUAGUUUCAUUUGACAAAUGUAAAUUUUAACCCCGUAUGCUGUGGAUAUGAAAUAUCUUGCUUCAAAGUGCACCAGAACUGGUAUGUACAAUUUUAAAAUGCUAGUCUGUACUUGCUGUCCAGCAGUGAGUUCUACCCUGCAUUCUGCAUGGAUUGGCUGUGCGAUCGAGUUCCCCGCAUAUGACGUCAGGACCAGAGGUUCCCAUUCCUUGUUUUAAAAAGACACAGUUUUAGCUUCCUGGUUUAGCUGGUCAGUUGAAGCCAUUUCCUGGGUUAUGGCUGUUGUUGCAUGCUGACAGCUUCUAAGAGCCACAGGUGAGCACAUGAGUACAGGUUGGGAACCAAAGGUGAACAAAUUACCCUGGAAGGAGCAUGAUGUAUCCCCCCACCGGAGCUACCCCUCUCCUAAUGCCCCACAGACCCCAGCCCAGCAGGAUCUUCAUGCACACUGCCCAGACUUGUGCCCUAGGGAGGUCACUUUGGUGCUGCUAUUGCAGUGGUUUGACUUCACCCCCCAGAGGUGCACUCCAUUGUCUCUCAAGACAGGUGGAUGGCAAGAACUAUUUUAGCUCUGAAGGAAACAAGUGGUAAUUUUAUACAGCCUGGCUGAAAACCAUCACAAAGUAUAAGGUUUCCACUCACAUCCUGCGAAGUGGUGUCAUGAGAGAGAGACAGACAGACAGACAGACAGACAAAACAUUUUGUGUUUUGUAAUGCAAUCAGUGCAUUCCACGUGUUGUCCCUAUGGACCUUAGUCAAAGCUACUUUGAGACAUAGCAAGGCAAGUAACGCAGUAUGUCCACGUUGUCUUUCCAGACCAGUUUUUAAACCCUUGAAUGGUGAUGCUGGUGAAGAUAUCACUUUGUGGGAAUUAGGACCCAAUCCAUGGAAUAAUAGUUUGGUGAUCUAAUUGGCCAAUGAUGAUGGGCCCAAUAUCCAGUUUUAACGUUUUUAUCUAUGCAAAUAGAUUUAUCUCCUGUUAAUUUAUCCUGGGCAGGUCCCAUUUGUUUGAGUGGGUUCUCUUUUUAAAAAGGAUUCCUGUGGAAUGUUCCACUAGAGUGUGGCGGUGGUCCUCAUCCCAGCAACCUUCACUUUGUGGGCAACCUUCUUGACUGAGUCUAUAGAGAGGGUUAAAAUUAAAAGCCAGAUCCUCAAGAUAUUUCAGAAGCGAUCCAGGUGCAGUAUUUGGGGCUUUAAAUUAUCUUGACUAUAGCUUGCAGUUCCCUCCCACCCCCAUAACUAUUUUUGAUGGCUAUGGAAUCUUAGUCUUAUCACAACGAAGAGCUAGGAAUCCUUUACAGUUAUAGCAUCACAACAGCCUUUCUAUCUAUUUUCUUGGCUGUGCUACAUUAAAUCAGAGUUGGUUUUCUCAAGCUGGUAUUCUGUUCUUGGAGAGUUCUGCAUAUUUUAAUGGUGAGAAUGGCUUCUGAGAAAGCUGAUACUUUGCUUUGAAUAUAGGAGCAAAUGAUCAUGAAAUUCUAUGUUGACUUGAACUAAUUUUCUAUGCUUAUGGUACAGAUUAGGUGGGCUUUCCCAUUUUGUGAUACUACCACAGUAAGGUACACCUCUGAAAUUUUAUCGUGUGAUCAUUUCAAUUGGAUCAUGCUUUCAUGAAGAAUCUGUCACUAUUUUUGUUUGAAUCUGCAAUUGCAUGGAAUAGCAUAUCCUCCCUCCCCACCCCUGCCUUCCUCUCUGUCUUCAUCUUCUGGUUUAUCAAACACUAAGCCAUCAUAAUGGGGUCACUUCAUUUAUUUUUAUAUGUCUUGCAGUCAUGUCAGCAAAGCAGAGCAUCUGGAGGUAAAAAGGCCAGCCAAGGAGGACUGAUUGCCUUGCGAGUAUAACUGUAUAGAAAUAAAACCCUAUUUCAUGUAUGUAUUUGACUUUUUAUCAUGAAUGGAUGGAUAUAGAAGGUUGUGCAAAAUAUUUUUACAGACUUUUUUUUAAAAAAGAACUGAACACAUUGGAAGAAACAGACCGGUUGUAUUUUUUAUCACUACUACCCUGUUUGUUAUCAUUUAAAAUGAAGAUGCUGUUUGUGGCUUCUCUGAAAAUUUAUAUAACCUUUCUAUUUCAAAACUUCAUCCCACAAGAGGACUAAAUGACAGCUGCCCUGGAAGGGUGUGAAACCUGCUGGAGACAAAACUAUCCAGAGUGUAUACUCAUGAGUCCUCUGUGUCCAUUCAGAAGGUUAUACUGCAAGCUACUACCAUACAGUGAAAGGGUAUUUUAUCAGCCAGACGUCUUUACUGGACUGAACCAACGCACUAUAGUGCUGCCACGUGUGCAUGAUAGCAAUUUUUACCUUGUAUGUUUGGUAUUUUGUGAAGAUGCACAUCUUGCUUUCUAAGUUGGAAUGGGAUAAACAAACUGUUCUGGUGAACAUAUAAAGAUGAAGAAAUGUUGCCCCGAGACAGAAUUUGUGGCCAUCAACAGGUCACUUUCAUACUAAGGACCUUUCAGAUCUGGUAAAAUGGGAUUCUGGUGCUAGCAGUAUCUUGCCAUUUGUGCCUCGUGCCAAGUAUUGCACCAUCCACUAUUACACAAAGAGAAUCAACUCUCUUCAUCCUGUCCAGGUAUAUUUCUCUGCAUAGUUUGGUGAAGGAAUGUAUAAUAGUCCUCUGUUCUAAACUGUUCCAAGGCCCAUAUGGCAAAACUAAACUUUUCCAAGCGGGUUUUCCCAGACUUUUUCCAAUUGUUGAUAACUGUGAAAUUACUCCAGCGGGGACUGCAAACUAAGAGAGUUCUCCUCUGUUGUUGAGUGGCCAAUUCCUGGGUUUGUGUAUCUUGAUAUUUCUCCUUUGCAAAGUAGCUUCUGCAAGGCUGCUUUUUUGUGUUGCAUAUGAGAUCAGCCCAAUGCUGCUCUUCAAAUGAAUUACGUGUAGUGGCCUCUGCUUCGGCAAAAGCCUCUAUGUCGUUUGGAGAGAACACACAUCGUAAACUCAAGGUUCGAUUAAGUGUGGCUUAAGAUGCUCAAGGCAUCUGCUAUAAAUUAAAAAAUGAGAACCCUAGGUCUAUACCCCUUUUCACAUUUAUGCCAGUGCCCCACAUCUCCUGUACAUUGGCCUCUGCUUGUUGUGGGCCUUAUCAGAUGGGUGUGGAGUCCCUGUUCAAGGAUUUUGAGGGUGGGGGCAGGGAGGAGGGAAACGCAAAGCAGUAGUGGCAGUAAUGAGUUUAUCUUUCCCUUACAAUUCCCAACAGGAAUUUCCUUUCAAGUUACAUUACACAGGACAUGCUGUUGAGCUUAAUCUGGGGGAAAGUAGAAAACUCUGUGUGUGUGUGUGUGUGUGUGUGUGUGUGUGUGUGAGAGAGAGAGAGAGAGAGAGAGAGAGAGAGAGAGAGAAAGGGUGAGAGUGUAGGGGAGCAUGUAUAUAUAUGCAUGCUUGCAUGUGUGUGUGUGUCAGAUUGCCAAUGUAAAAAUUUGCAUUCUGGUUGCUGAAAGGGGAAAGAUUCUUCCCACCUGCAUCUCCCACACUCUUAGUUAGUAGCUUUUUGCAUUGUUUGUUAAUAUGACUUGGUUGGGUGAUCAGAGUAGACUGUGAAGGUGAAUGUGCCGUUCAACAUUAACUUCAAUAUGGGCAUGCAGUAUGUUGCUGUAAUUUAACUGCUUUUUUAAAACACUCUCUUUAUCUCUUCUUUAAAAAUAAAAAUGGGAGAUUUUAAACAAGUUAGAAUGCUGCUUCCCCUGCCCCCAGUACAUCCCUGGAGAAGCUUCAUACAUGAAGUGGCAUUUUCACAUCAUGUUGAUGCUGGUUAUUCAGAAGCCUAAGAGAAGAAAGGGUAGCUUCAGAACUGCUCUGUUGAACACCUUCCCUUUAUGAGGCUGAUCAUAUACUACUGCAGAUAAUCAGCCGAAGCAUGUAAAGCUAUAUGGAAGAAACCCACCUUGUUAAAUAUUCAGCCUACUAGGUGGGACCUCAGAAGUACCAGUUAUUAUGUCUGAUAGAACAAUUCCCAAUAUAAUGUAGUCUUCUGUUUUACUGUCUUCUUAACUACUUGGACAUGGGUGGAAUGCUAUCAUUUCUCCAUUUGCAACUUAAGCUGCACCCAUAAAGCUUCUGUCCUGCAUAAGUUCAAAAUUAAGAACAAAAAAAUGCUGAGACAUUCCUUAGAUUCAGUGGUGAAAGGUGCAGCCAAUAAAAAGAACCCUAUCUUCUUACAAACUAGUUGGAAAAUAAUUUCAACAUUUUUUUAACCCUUCUUGUUUUGGUGCUUACAUUUUAAAAAGAGAGAGCUCUUGCUCAUUUUUUUACCAGGUCUGAGUGGAGCUAGUAAUGAAUUUUUACUAACACUUUUAUGUUGCAAACCCAACUUGCUUCCAAACACAUUCCACAUUUUCUAGGACGGUAGCACCGAACAUCCUAGACUGUUGCACUGAUGAAACCAGAUAGAACCCCUUUCAUUUGUAUAAGUUUGAGUCUAUUUAACAUACAUUAAUUUGGUCUUCAAAUAAAAAAAGGAUAAACUUUUAACUCCAAUUUUCAAAAUGUGUGAUGGAAGCUGCUUUUUAACAGCCGUGUGUUGGGGUAUGAUGGAGGGAAUGAAAUAACAAUUAUUGGUAGCAUUACUUCCUGAACUCUUUAUUUGGCCAGUUAAGGUACAUCUUUUGUGUAUUUAUAAUGUCCAAAGCUGAUGUGCAUUCUCACUGUGAAACCAAGAGAGGCAAAUUGGCAUGGGAGGGUUGAAUGGAUGUUUGAGUGGGAGGCUGUGAAUGGCUCUGGGAGCCCUGAUCUUGUUUUAAAAUGUCUUUUGUGUAUUAUAUAAGAAAUAUGACUUGUUUUCUGAUUAGGAAAAAAAAUCUUUGUAUGAAUGUAUAUCCCAUGCACUGGCAUUGUUUGGUUUCAAAUUGUAAUAAAAUUCCUGAAAAUAA